AUGGCAGCUCAGGAUCCAAACGCGCCGACAGACAGCAAUGGCGGUGCUCUGGUGGCUACCGCCGUUGCUAUGCUGACAUUUACCUGGCUAUCUUUAACCAACGGCUUCCAAUGGGAUGACUGGUUGAUGCUUGCUGCUCAAGCUAAUUUCACUGUAUCAUGCGCGCUCAUUCUUAUGGGGGUUCGGGAUGGGUUGGGGAGGCAUGACGAAUCGCUAGACCAGCACAACGAGAUCGAGGCCUUGAAAUAUCAGGCGUUGGCUACGGCAACAUAUGUCCUUAACAUGUGGCUGAUCAAGCUCAGUAUUGGUAUCUUCCUGCUCCGCCUCGCUUCGCAAAACAGGUACAGGUAUACUCUCUACGCGAGUAUCAUUAUCGUCAGCAUAUGGAGCAUAGUCUUGUUCUUUUGGAAUAUAUUUCAGUGUAAUCCGAUCGCCGCUCAAUGGGAUUACACGAUUCUUCAGAAGGACCCUAACGCUCGAUGUGUCUCGGCCGACGAGAUUGUCAACGCUGCUUACGCACUCAGUGUUAUGAGUAUCCUGUCUGACUGGCUAUACGCAUUGUUGCCGAUUCCCAUGCUAUGGAGUGUUAAGAUGACUACGCAAGCUAAAAUGACGGUGAUCGUGGUUUUGGGUUUGGGUGUUUUCGCAAGCAUCGCUACGCUCGUCCGACUCAAGUUUCUGGCCGAUCUCACUGACAUGGCAGAUAUAUUGCAUGCUGGCACUGACGCGAUGGUUUGGACAUUAAUUGAACCUGGAGUUGCUAUUGUCGCCUCGAGUCUUGUUACGAUUAGGCCCCUUCUUAGGUUAUGGAAGAUCAGGGGGUUCGGUGGCACCAGUGGGCAGAGUCGUCCAACGAAUCCAUUUAGCAAUAGUCAUCCGAUGUCGCGUACGAAUCGAUCGAACAAGAUGCCGGCAUUUGGGUCUACCGAUGUUACUCUCGUAGAUAUCGAAACCGGUCAUUUGAAGAGCUCUACGUCGCGCUCACCAGUCGCUGGGUCGUUUGGUGGCAAUAUCCAGCGGUCUUUGUCGUUAUCAGACGCCGGAAGCAUGACGAGCAAGAGUUUCCAAUCUCGAGCAUCAUCCGAUGCCGCAAUGCUUCCGAGCAUACCUCGGCGCUCUCGAUCGAUCUCGGACGCCGAUACAUUGGCCGGCAGGAGCCAUCGAUCUCGACCGUCAUACAUGUCAAGAGUAAAUGAGGCACCUAUCGAGGAAGACGAUGGACGGCAAGAAUAUGUGGAAAGUGGAUCCAGAAGGAUAAAUAUAAAGAGUGAGAUGUAUAUCAUCGAGGGUAACACGACACCGACACCUACGACACUUAUGGCGCCCGUGGCAGCUUAUAGUCGCGACGAGACAUGGCUAGCAGAACAAGAUUUGUCCAACGACGGAUCCUUUGAACUCAACCGCGUUCAAUCCCAAAACAACAGCAUUAAAAACUCAAUUCAGCUAACGAAGCCAUUGCCGCUACCACCCUCAUAUCACCAAAGGUGA